AUGCUUCUAUCCGACUCUUGGGAAACAUCAUACUGGUUAACCGAUUAUCGUUUUGAGUUUAAGGGGGGACAAAGUCACUCUGAUGAAUUUGAAAUAGAAAAGCAGCAGGUAGAUAGGUUUUUUGCAAACAAGAAAUAUACCCCAGAAUAUCAUGCCGAUACCUAUCAAUUGGACAGGCUUGCUGACAGGGUGCUCAUCCCUCCCGAUCUCGUCAUUGGCUAUUCGAAAUGUUUCGGUGCGGAACCAACAACCACAACAGUUAGGGCCACGAUCGCGAGUUGGAAACGGCUCACGGAUAAGGUGGAUACGGAACAGCAUAUUCCAAGUGCUAUAUUCAUCACCCUCUCGCAACCAGGCCCAGAGAUAAUUGAGUCCCAAAAUCAGCCUUUGCCAUUUGUAACUUUGCGCCGCGCCAAUCUAACAGAGACGAACCAAGGCCGAUAUGACAUUGAAUUGAAGUGGGUAUCACAAGGGGACGCAAGCGGAGGGAAUCCAUGCCAGAUCACGAAGCUUGUAGCGAUUAUGGCGUGGGUUGAAGGGAAUGUGAAAUUGUUGCCGUUUGAGGAGGAGGGAGGAUCAAAGAGAGGACGGGGUAGAAACAUGUAG